UUGAAGCCAUGGUCCCAUUGCCGGGGCGCUCUUGCUGCAUUGCAUGGCUGCCCGUGGCUGGCGUCUGUUGCUGGGACUCAGUGUCGGAGCAGCAAUUCCCAGGUUUCUGCGUCGGACGUUGCUGACAACAGCAGGACCUUUCCUUGCGCAAAGUGAAGUGGAGGCCCUGGAUUUUCCACCUCUGCCAGAGGUCGCCGACUGCCAUGGACGCCAAGUCCGAGUGUUGCAGAUGGUGGGGGCCGGUGCCCAAGGAGCUGUGUUCAAAGCACAGGUGAAAGGUGAAGAUCAGCUGGCAGUGUUGAAGGUGAGUCGAGGCUCCAGCGCUGCCUCAGUCUCCAGGGAGUGCGCCAUCUUGCGACAGCUGCGACAGAUACCAAGUGUGGUGCGCUGCCUAGAGGAAUGCCUCAUUUCGGGUCGGCAGAGUAUUCUGCUUUCGCCCUUCUUUGCGGAUGCAGUGCAGAUGACAUCCUCGACCAAGCUCCCGGAGGGAUUGGAGCUUCGUCGUUUGAGCAGCUUCCUCGGCAGUGCCUUUGCUUUGCUGCAGGCGGAGGUGGCUCAGGCGGACCUGCAGGUUCUGCAGAAAAAGGAUGGAGAACUGCUGUGGAUCGACUUCACUGAAGCCAAAGUGCGAAGUGAGGAUCCGGAACAGUUUGAAGUGGCGGCACGAAAUUUCGUCUCAGAGGUGUUCACCCUGAUCCCGUCGACUUCGCGGGACGUGGCCAUCAACGUCGUGGCUUCACUCUGCAGCAAGGGACCAGG